CUGUCACUUGCUCGUGUAACGGUAAAGUUUGUUAUAGUUUAUGUGUGAAUUACUUCAAGACAAUGGAAGACAAGAUUAAGAAAGAUUUACACGAGAAAGAAAAUGCAAAUACCCAGUUAAAUCGCCAUGAAAAGAGGGACACACUUAUAGAUCACAUGGAAAUAUCUGUAACGGAGGCAGAGAAGAGAGAGAAUGGAGCACUCAACAUCCGGGACUUCUAUACUGUCUAUUUAAUAGAGACUAAAGUAACAGACCCAGACUGGAAUGGUGCAUAUAGUCGCAUAAGCAGUGUCUGGCGGCGUUACUCGGAAUUUGUUCUUCUGAGGACAUACCUCGAGCUGGAGUAUCCUUACAUCGUUCUGCCUCCACUACCUGAGAAGAAAGUUCUGUAUCCGUGGCAGAAAGCAGCCUCGGACACCUUUGACCCUGAUUUCGUCGAUAGACGGCGAGCUGGUCUCGAGAACUUCCUGCUGCGGGUGGCGUCGCACCCGGUGCUGUCGCAGGACCACCUGUUUGUCGGGUUCCUGCAGCAGGAGCAGGGCUGGAAGGAGAGCAUCAAGGAGACCGGCUACCUGCAGCUGGCCGAGACUAAGCUCAAGGCGCUCAGCGUGUCAGUCCGCCUCCGUAACCCGGACAAGAGGUUUGAGGCCGUAAAGAACUACAGCAACGAGCUGCAGAACAACCUGAACAGCCUGCUACGUGUGCGAUCCAGAAUGGCAGAGCGUCUGUAUACAAUCCACAAGUUGCACGCCAACUAUGGCAGGGUGUUCUCGGAGUGGAGUGCCCAGGAGAAGGAAAUGGGUGACGGGCUGCAGAAAGCUGGGCACUACCUAGACUCGUACGCGGCAGGCAUCGACAUCCCCCUGGAGGAGGAGGAGGUGUUCGCAGACCAGCUGAAGGAGUACCUGUUCUUCGCAGACGCGCUGCAGGCGGUGUGCGGGCGGCAGGAAACACUGCAGCUGCGGCUGGAGCAGGCAGAGGCGGCGGCCGGCGCUCUAGUUGCAGAGAAGGACAGCGUGCAGAAAGGUAAAUCGAGCAUAAUCUCACGGCUGUUCGGUUCGGUGGACACGGACGAGGUGAAGGAGCUGAAGGUGAGCCUGUUGGACCAGAGGCUGCAGGAGGGCCAGAGCAGCGUGCGGCACGCGCGUGAGGAGCUCCUGGACUUUUCAGCAAAUGCACUGAAAGACGUUGAGAGAUUCCAGCAGCAGAAGGUGGCAGACCUCCGGGAGACGCUCGCUGGAUACGUCAUGCUGCAGAUCAAUGUCUGCCGAAAGCAUGGAAACUUGAAUGAUGUAUUUGGGAUUAACACUUCAGCCACAGGCAACACGGGUGUGUAUGUCAUAAUGAAACACCACCAGUUGACGGUAUGUCAUUGAAUAAAACAGCUGCCAGAUGCAUAGAUUCAAAUCCAAUAUGGUGAAUGGGACCUAAACACAUUAUGCCAUAGUGAUCCAAUGGUAAGGUGGAAAUGUAUGAAAACUAUUAAGAUCUAAUUUGCAGCUAGCAUGAAAAAACCAAGAAAUGGUUGCAACAAAGUGGAGGUAUAUUCUAAGUAACCUGGACAAAAUGAAUCAAGCGAGUAGCUAUUGACAUGAACGUAGAACCUGAAAAACAAAUUUAUUGUUUCUCUGGUCGAUAUGAUAUUACUGAAGAGGGGAUGUGACUGUUUGCUGUCUCUUACGAAUGGCGUGAAAGUAAACAGCUUGACUACAGAUGGCUUGCACUGUGCUUGAAGAAGAAUUUUAUAAAAGUUGUGAAGUUGA